AUGGCUGACGAGGCAAACCGGCCUCUGCUAGCUGCGCAGUUUGGCUCCGAGAGAGCAUCCGACGACAAGCCCAGGCCAUCAUAUCAAUUAUCAACAGAGCCAUCAAAUCUUUCACACAAUGAAGAUGACAUGACGGUUUAUAGCAGCGAGCAAAGAUUAUCGCGAUCUUCUUCAGGCGGGGUUCAGGGUAUUCAUACAUCCCAGGUCGCGGCUGCUGAAGACGCUAGCCGACCUCUGCUGGAUGGACAGUCUAGCCCUCCCGAAUGGCCCACCGCGAGAACAUCCCUCGACGAGCCUAGGCUAUCAUAUGAAUUGUCAUCAGAAUCAACACCUCUAUUACACCGCCGUGAAGAUGAACUGAUCUACGGGACUGAGCAAGGAUUGUCGCGAUCCCCUUCAUUCGCAUCACAGAACCCGCCCGAGAAUGGCGCCAUCAAGAAGCGGAGCCGUGUACCAUGGCCGACGGUCAUCUCUCUCGCUCUCUUAACACUCAGUGUUUUGACGAUCCUGGUACUUGCCUUUGCUGCUCCGGCGGCGGUCAAAGAAUAUGCGCAGCAAGCCGCUGUCUUCAAACCGACGGCAGUGUCAAUUGAUUCUACGACACCCGACGGCGUUCGGGCCCGGAUUCAGGGCGAGUUCGUGAUGAACUCGGGUCGUGUGAAGAAUAAAUCGGUUAGAGGUAUUGGUCGAUUGGCGACAUGGAUUGCCAGAGAAGUUGAGACGGGCCCAUCAAAUGUGGAAGUUUAUCUUCCAGAAUAUGGGAAUGUGCUUGUCGGAAACGCAGCAUUGCCCUCCAUCAAAGUGAACAUCCGUAACGGCCACCAUACCCAUGUCGACUUCCUCACUGAUCUAGAGGCUGGUGACAUUCGAGGAAUCCACGCGAUAGCUAUUGAUUGGAUUGAGGGAAGAUUGGGGCGCCUUAGUGUCAAGGGCAAGGCGACAAUGCAUCUCAAGUCAGGCUUGAUCACUUUGGGAACUCAAGUUCUAACAGAUUAUAUCAUUAUUGAAGAACAUGAUUUCCCGGCUCUGCCAAAAGUCAAUAUUCUCAAGCUGAAUGUGCAUGAUGCAAACAGUGGUGCCAUGGCAGUAGAUGUCUUACUUUCAUCUUUGAUUGAUUCUCCUGUCGCUCUCACUGUUCCUGCCCUCGGCUUUGACAUUCUGGUACCCAACUGCUCACCCGGGGACCCUUAUAUCCUGGUGGCCGAUGCGAAAACAAGCGCAGUAGACGUUCAUCCUGGCCAGGUAACUGCAGUCGGCGUUGAUGGUCUCAUCCAGCAGCUACCCGAUGAAUUGACCUCUACCUGCCCAGGACGGGAGGGUUCUCCUCUAGAUCUUUUGGUUUCGAGCUUUAUGCAAGGUCUCGAAACGACUAUCUACGUUCGUGGAUCUGAUGCACCAUCACCCAAUACCCCAGCAUGGAUUGUCGAUCUGCUGCGCAGCGUGACUGUGCCUCUUCCAUUUACGGGACAUGCGUUGGACAACCUCGUGAAGAACUUCACGAUGUCUGAUACGCAUUUCUCGCUUCCUAACCCUUUCGCGGAGCCAGAUUCUCCAGACUCGCAGCCCACAGUGUCUGCUCUAGUGAAGGUUCUCAUUGCUCUGCCAGAGGAGAUGAAUUUUCAAGUAGAAGUCCCGCAAGUUCGUGCCCUUGCAGAUGUCUACUACAAGGAAGAGAAGUUUGGCGUGUUGAACAUCAGCCACUGGCAAGACGCCAACUCCACAAUGGUGGAUGAUGAAGAUGGCUCUUCUGCACUCCUUGUGGAGUUUGCAAUAGAGGAUGCACCAUUGCAAGUCACAGAUGACGGGCUUUUGGCAGAGGUCAUCCAAGCAAUGCUUUUCGGUAGCGAAACAGUCGUACUGCGGGUUGCUGCCAUCGUAGACACAAAGGUCUCAACUGGUUUGGGCCGCUUCGCUGUGCGAGGGAUUCCUGCGGAAGGGAAGGUACCCGUGAAGAUACAAAUCAAGAAUAUUUUGGCCAUUGACCAUGUCAUAGCUUCCAUCGGCAACUCACUUGACCAAAUCAAUCCACGCGUCGUCUCAUUACAAAUAGGAAACACGACUGAGUCUUCGAUGUUGGUGUCUACGAAGGCAAACUUCACCAAUCCAACGAAUUACUCGGCCACAGUCCCCUUCGUUGACCUUCUCAUACUCUACAAUGACACUGCUGUGGCCCACAUCACCGCUCAUAAUAUCUCUAUUGGGCCUGGCAAUAACAGUUACGUGCCCAUCGACUUCUUUUGGUGCCCGUUGGACGCAGCUGGAGUAGAUGGCGCUGAGGCAGGACGGGCAUUGCUUUCAUCCUAUAUCUCAGGCUCUAAUACAACAAUCACUAUCAAAACCCAUCGAAACACGAUUCCAUCUCUACCACACCUGGGCGAAGCGUUAUCAGUCCUUAAAAUCACGGUUCCUGUCCCUCACAUAUCUAUUCCGGGUUCCCCAGGCAGCGAUGAUGAGGACAAAAAGCCUCAUUUUAUCCAAGAUGCAACGUUCUACCUCUGGUCAUCCACAGCAGAAUUCACCCUCUCCUCACCCCUAACAGAAAACAAUAUUCUAAUCACCUCAAUCGACGCAAUGGCAUUCUAUGAGAAAAAUGAGCCAAUUGGCCGAAUCAAUAACCGUGAACCCUUUAAGGUGCCGCCUGGUAUAUCCAAGAGCCCACGCUUGCCAGUUGAUCUUGACAUGGGCGGGGUUGGGUACGAUGCCCUGCGCAAGGCACUCGGUCAGUCGUUGGAGAUGGAUGCUGUCGCUAAGGUUGGAGUGUUGAUUGGGAACUAUAUGGAUGUCAUUCUCUACCAUGGGAAGGGCAUUGUGGCUAAAGUGAGGAUUUAG